GAUUUUGCAUUUCCAGGGAGGAGAACUGUUUGUAAACAAAACAGUUCUCCCUGUCAACUUGUGCACACUGCUUUGGAUGGCUGUGCCCAGAACAGGCAUGCAAAGCACUGUGAUUACAGCGAAGCACUAACACACAGCCCCAUAGUAAAACACAUCCAGCACACAGUUAACCCUUUGAUCACCCCUCAUGUUAACCUCUUCCUGUCCAGUGUCAUUAGUACAGUGUCAGUGCUUUUUUUUUUUUAGCACUGAUCACUGUAUGGGUAUUACUAGGGAUGUCAGUGACACCAAGUCAGUUCCCCCCAGUGUCAGAAUGCCCGCCGCAGUCCC